AACACCGUAGGGGAGAAAAAACAUUUGACAUUUGACAGUGUUUGUUUUAUGAUUCGUGAAUUAUUUCCACAAUGUCUACGAAAGCAGAGCAAUUUGCCUCUAAGAUACGAUACUUGCAAGAGUAUCACAACCGUGUGCAACACAAUAUUUACCCCGUGCCCUCCGGAACAGACAUUGCAAACACACUGAAAUACUUUUCCCAAACCCUGCUCAGCAUUCUGUCCCGCACAGGCAGGAAGGAGAACCAGGAAGCUUCCAAUUUGGCCGUGCCCAUGACCAUGUGUCUUUUUCCUGUGCCAUUCCCACUCACCCCAUCUCUAAGACCACAAGUCAGUUCCAUCAACCCUACAGUUACUCGCUCCCUCCUUUACAGCGUUCUGCGUGAUGCCCCGUCAGACCGCGGGGGGCAGAGUCGGGACGCUCAGCUCUCAGAGUACCCCUCUCUGGACUAUCAGGGGCUCUAUGCCACCCUCGUGACCCUGCUUGACCUGGUGCCCCUGCUGCAGCACGGUCAGCAUGAUCUGGGACAGUCCAUAUUUUACACAACAACUUGCCUCCUGCCCUUUCUCAGUGACGAUAUUCUCAGCACUUUACCCUACACUAUGAUCUCCACUUUAGCUACAUUCCCCCCAUUCCUGCACAAAGACAUCAUUGAGUACCUGAGCACCUCUUUCCUCCCCAUGGCUGUAUUGGGUUCCACUAGAAGAGAAGGGGGCGUUCCAGCAUAUGUCAAUCUCUCUGCCUCCUCUAUGCUAAUGAUUGCUAUGCAGUACACCUCCAACCCAGUAUACCACUGUCAGUUGUUGGAGUGUCUUAUGAAGCACAAGCAGGAAGUGUGGAAGGACCUGCUGUAUGUCAUAUCCUACGGACCAUCCCAAGUAAAGCCUCCAGCCGUGCAGAUGCUCUUUCAUUACUGGCCAAACCUAAAGCCCCCAGGAGCCAUUAGUGAAUACAGAGGCCUGCAGUACACUGCCUGGAACCCCAUCCACUGCCAGCACAUUGAGUGUCACAAUGCCAUCAAUAAACCUGCCGUCAAGAUGUGCAUCGAUCCCACCCUCUCCGUUGCCCUGGGAGAGAAGCCCCCUCCUCUGUACAUCUGUGAAGAGUGCAGCCAAAGGAUAUCAGGAGAUCAUGCAGAAUGGCUUGUUGAUGUGCUCUUGCCCCAAGCUGAGAUAUCUGCUAUUUGUCAAAAGAAGAACUGUAGCUCUCAUGUCAGGAGGGCGGUUGUCACCUGCUUCUCAGCUGGCUGCUGUGGGCGCCAUGGCAACCGGCCUGUCCGCUACUGCAAGCGUUGCCAUGUCAACCACCACAGCAGCGAGACGGGGGCUGCGGCGGAGACCCAUCUCUACCAAACCUCUCCCCCUCCCAUCAACACCCGCGAGUGUGGGGCAGAGGAGUUGGUGUGCACUGUGGAGGCUGUUAUCAGCCUACUGAAAGAGGCAGAGAUCCACGCGGAGCUGCGUGAGUUUGAGCUGAACAGGCGUCGUCAGAUGGGCCUGUCUGCCUCUCACCACUCCCUUGACAACAUCGACUUCGAUAACAAAGAGGACGACCAGCACGACCAGAGGCUCCUCAGUCAGUUUGGCAUCUGGUUCCUGGUGAGCCUGUGCACCCCCAGUGAGAACACGCCCACAGAGAGCCUGGCGCGGCUGGUGAGCAUGGUGUUCCAGUGGUUCCACUCCACAGCCUACAUGAUGGACGAUGAGGUGGGCUCCCUGGUGGAGAAGCUCAAGCCACAGUUUGUCACCAAGUGGCUGAAGACCGUGUGUGACGUGCGAUUCGAUGUCAUGGUGAUGUGCCUGCUGCCCAAGCCUGUGGAGUUUGCCAGAGUGGGGGGUUACUGGGAUAAGUCUUGCAACACGGUGACCCAGCUGAAAGAGGGGCUGAACAGGAUCCUGAGCCUGAUCCCCUACAACGUGAUCAGCCAGCCGCUGUGGGAGUGCUUCAUGCCAGAAUGGCUGGAGGCCAUCCGCACUGAGGUGCCUGACCAGCAGCUCAAGGAGUUCAGAGAGGUGCUCAGCAAGAUGUUUGACAUUGAGCUGUGCCCUCUGCCCUUCUCCAUGGAGGAGAUGUUUGGGUUCAUUAGCUGCAGGUUCUCAGGCUACCCAGCCUCUGUGCAGGAGCAGGCUCUGCUCUGGCUGCAUGUGUUGUCAGAGCUGGACAUUGUGGUGCCUCUGCAGCUGUUGGUUGGGAUGUUCUCUGAUGGGGUGAACUCUGUGAAGGAACUGGCCAAUCAGAGGAAGGCUCACGUCUCAAAUCUAACUGGGGAAAAUACUGAGGCUCGGAGGGAAAGCGUGGUUUCAGAACCAGGCCGUCUUGGGCAGCACAACACCCUGAGCCCAUUCCCCAGUCCGUUCCGAAGCCCAUUCCGGAGCCCCCUGCACUGCAGUCCCUUUAAGAACCUAGGCCAUGCUACAGGACACUGUGCCCUGGACCUGGACUGUGACGAUGAUGACAUGAACCUGAGCUGCUUCAUCCUCAUGUUUGACCUCAUCCUCAAACAGAUGGAGCUCCAGGAUGACGGCGUGAUUCUGGUUCUGGAAAGCAGCCUGGGGAAAGACAUCGUGGGCAUCAUCAACAACGUCUUCCAGGCCCCGUGGGGGGGCUCCCACACCUGUCAGAAGGAUGAGAAGGCCCUGGAGUGCAGCCUAUGCCAGUCUAGCAUCUUAUGCUACCAGCUGGGCUGUGAGCUCCUGGAAAGACUCACCCCCAGGGAGGAGAUACAUCUGGUGGAGCCAACAGAUGGCUUGGAGGACACAUUGCUGUUGCCUCAAGUGUUUGGACCUGAAAAAGGGACAAAGGGAGGGACAGAGGAAGGGGACCACCCUACCAGCACACACACUGACAACCCUACCAAUCAAAGUGACUCUCCUGACAACCCAUCAAUGAAGAAUAAUCCCGACAAGACGUUUUCCUACCAGCAGCUCCCUGUGUCUCUCAAGCUAAUAUACACCAUUCUGCAGGAAAUGUCCAAGUUUGAGGAGCCUAAUAUCCUGUUCAACAUGCUGAACUGUCUGAAGAUCCUGUGUCUCCACGGAGAGUGUCUGUACCUGGCCCGUAAGGACCACCCCCAGUUCCUGGCCUACAUCCAGGAAAAGAUGCUUAUUCCCAGACUGUGGACCAUGCUGAAGUCUGAGUUCUGCCAGCUGGCCUCCCUGGCCGUGCCCCAGCUCCUGCAUGCCCUCUCCCUCUCCCAUGGAGCAGACAUCUUCUGGAACCUGGUGGACAGCAAUUUCAACAGCAAGGACUGGAAGAUACGCUUUGAAGCAGUGGAGAAGGUAGCAGUGCUCUGUCGGUUCCUAGACAUUGGUUCUGUGACGAAAAAUCACCUGCUGAAGUACUCCCUGGCCCAUGCCUUCUGCUGCUUCCUGGCCUCUGUGGAGGAUGUCAACCCGGCUGUGGCCACACGCGCCAGGCUGCUGCUGGACACCAUCAAGAGCCCAGCACUACAGGGCUUGUGUCUGUGCCUGGACUUCCAGUUCGACACAGUGGUGAGGGACCGGCCCAUCAUCCUCAGCAAGCUGCUGAUGCUGCACCACCUGAAGCAGGAGGUCCCUGCCCUCAGCUGGGAGUUCUUUGUCAACCGCUUCGAGACGCUCUCCCUGGAGGCCCAGCUCCACUUGGACUGCAACAAGGAGUUCCCUUUCCCCACCACCAUCACAGCUGUGCGCACCAACGUGGCCAACCUUAGUGAUGCAGCGAUGUGGAAAAUCAGACGGGCGCGCUUUGCCAGGAAUCGCCAGAAGAGUGUGCGUUCCCUCCGUGACAGCGUCAAGGGCCCGUCCGAGUCCAAGAGGGCCUUCUCCCUCCCAGAGACUCUGUGUAACCGUCUACCUCUAAGACUUACGAGGCAAGAGCACUCUGCCCCGACUCUGGGAGAUAUGAUAGAGAAAGUCCUGCCAGCACGCUUCCUCCCACCCUUUAACCCCGACGCUUCAGCCCCUCUCCUAGGCCACAGCCCCUCACCGGAGGACGACUCGGUCAUCAGGGACCUGCUCCCAGAGGAUGCUGGGAUAGAUCACCAGACGGUGCACCAGCUCAUCAUGGUGCUGAUGAAGUUCAUGGCCAAAGACAAGAGCAGUGCCGAGGCAGACAUUGGCAGUGCCAAGGCCUUCAACACGGUGAAGCGCCACCUGUAUCUACUGCUGGGCUUUGACCAGCAGGAGGGUUGCUUCAUGAUCGCACCCCAAAAGAUGAGGACCUCAACCUCCUUCAAUGCUUUCAUCGCUGGCAUCGCACAGGUGAUGGACUACAACAUUGGGCUUGGGAAGCAGCUGCUCCCCCUGGUGGUCCAGGUGUUGAAGUACUGCACAUGCCCCCAGCUCAGACACUACUUCCAGCAGCCCCCACGCUGCUCUCUCUGGGCCCUGCAGCCACACAUCAGACAGAUGUGGCUCAAAGCCCUGCUGGUCAUCCUCUACAAGUACCCCUACAGGGACAUGGAUGUGAGUAAAGGGGUUCUGCACCUGAUCCACAUCACCAUCAACACCCUGAAUGCCCAGUACCACAGCUGUAGACCCCAUGCCACUGCCGGACCCCUCUACAGUGACAACUCCAACAUCAGCCGCUAUAGCGAGAAAGAGAAAGAGGAGGACAGUGUAUUUGAUGAGUCUGAUGUCCAUGACACCCCAACUGGAGCAGGCAACAAGGAGUCCCAGACCUUCUUCGCCCGUCUGAAGAGGAUCGGUGGCAGCAAGUCUGUCAAGUACCAGCCAGUGGAGCUGAAUGCACAGAAAAGUGAAAUUGAGCUGUCUGAGUACCGCGAGGCCAGUGCGCUACAGGACAGCAUCCUGCACUGUGUGAGGGAGGAGAGCACCAGGAAGAAGCGUCUUCAGGCCAUGCACAAGCAGAAGUCCUUAGACAUUGCCAACACUGACUCCAUCCUCUACAACCUGGACGAGCACCGACGCAAGUCCUGCAUUGACCGCUGUGACCUGCAGCAUGGUCUCCCCGCACCCCCCUCCUCCACCACCUCCCACCCCAGGCAGAAGGGGGGCCAUGGGAAGGGCUCGUCAGACGGUUCCUCAGGCCGUGCGGAGGGCAGCGACCGCCAGGACCGUCGAGGAUCCAGGGGGGGCCACUCAGACUGCUCCAGGCCUGUCAUCCCAGAGGUGCGUCUCAGCUGCAUGGGGAUGUUUGAGGACAAGGCCGACCUGGACUCCCCUCUUACAGGGGGCUCAUCAGCAGAGAAGGAGGACCCGGACCUCAUUGACCUCUCCUCUGACUGUACUUCCAUCCCAGAGAAACACUCCAUCCUCUCCAUGUCCGACAGCGACUCCCUGGUGUUUGAGCCCCUGCCGCCACUGAGGAUCGUGGAGAGUGACGAGGAAUUUGACCUCAACACAGUGAUGGGCAACAGGCUGAAUGGGAGUGCCAGGCCCCCAGCCUCCCCUGCCAGGCCCGCUGCCUCCCCUGCCAGCAGUAGCACCCUGCACCUGUCUCGGGUGGUGCAAGUGAGCAUGGAGGACUGCUCUAUGGACAAGAAGACCACAGACUCCCCAGCAAAAGAAAUCCCUCAACAGCGUUUACAGAGGAGGCCACGCUAUGCAACCCCCACCACCUCCCUGGAGCUGCCUGACCAGCCGGAGCACCCUGGCCUGGAGAGCCCCAUGACCCUCAGUUUACAACAGAAGAGGGACCUGCUGAGGAAGACCCCUGCUGUCCCUGACACCUCCCUGGAUGACUUUGUGCACCCUGAGGACCUGAAGGCAGCGGUGGGUGUGGGGACCAGUCCCUCUGGUAGGACAGUCUUCCUGGACAUUCCUGAAGACACAGCCGAGCCCCUCACCUCUCUGGAGGGGAACAAUGAUGAAGAGGAAGAUUAUGAAGAUGAUGACCUUGAUGACAGCGACCUGAAACCUGAUGAUGAUGACAAUGACGAGGCAGAGUUUAAGAUCCAGAUAGUUCCCCGGCAACGCAAGCAGAGGAAGAUAGCUGUGAGCGCCAUCCAGAGAGAGUAUCUGGACAUCUCCUUCAACACCCUGGACAAGCUGGGUGAGCAGCCCACUGAGACAGAGCUGAAGCAGCCACCAUUGCGCCCCAUCCCUCACGCACACCACCCUGGACAAUCCGCCUCAGCCACCACCCUCGCAGCUGCUAUCCCAGAAACAAGCAACCACUCUUCAGUAUCAACUCAGUACCGUCAGGCGAAGCGGGGCUCGUUGGGAGCUCUAACCAUUAGCCAGCUGAUGAAGAGACAGUUGGAGCACCAGUCCAGCGCCCCUCACAACAUCAGCACCUGGGAGACAGGCCCCACCAAGACCAGCCUCCUAUCUGCCCCCAGUACAGUCAGCAUGUUUGUGCCCGCCCCCGAGGAGUUCAUUGAUGAUCAGCCUACCACCAUGACUGACAGGUGUCGUGACUGUGGUGCGGUGCUAGAGGAGUAUGAUGAGGAGACCCUGGGCCUGGCAGUGGUGGUGCUCUCCAUGUUCAUCCACCUCAGCCCUGACCAGGCCGCUCCACUGCUGCUGGACAUCAUGCAGUCUGUGGGCAGGCUGGCGUCUAGUGCUAAUUUCUCUGGGCAAGCUGAGAGCAUGCUGAUCCCUGGCAACGCAGCAGGUGUGGCUAAGCAGUUCCUCCGCUGUGUGUUCCACCAGCUGGCCCCCAAUGGCAUCCUGCCUCAGCUCUUCCAGAGCAACAUCAAAGAUGGAGGUUUUCUGAGAACAUUGGCUUCUUCCCUGAUUGAUUUUAAUGAACUGAGUUCUGUGGCUGCGCUGAACCAGCUGCUGGAGGGUCUGAACAACAAGAGGAGUCUACCAGCCGGGGGCACCAUGCUGCAUUGCCUGGAAAACAUCGCCACCUUCAUGGAGGCCCUGCCCAUGGACUCCCCCAGCAACCUGUGGAUCACCAUCUGCAAUCAGUUCCAGACCUUCCUCACUAAACUACCUUCUGUUCUGCCUCUGAAGUGUCCCCUGGACUCCAGUUUGAGGAUUAUCAUUUGUUUGUUGAAGAUCCCCACCACAAGUGCAACCCGGAGCUUACUGGAGCCCUUCUCCAAACUGCUGAGCUUUGUCAUGCAGUAUGGAGUGUUCAGCCUCUCUUACCUGGUGGAGCUGUGUGGCCUCUGUUACAAAGCCUUCAACAAGGAGAGAGAUAAGUUCUAUAUGUCUCGUAUUGUGGUGCUGGAGCUUCUACAGGCUCUGAAGUUCAAGUCUCCUCUACCCGAUACUAACCUGCUACUGCUGGUCCAGUUUGUUUGUUCAGAUAUUGGUACGAGGCUAGCAGAGUCUACUAUUCUCUCAAAGCACAUGAUCUCAUCACUUCCAGGGUGCACGACAGCAGCAAUGGAAUGCAUGAGGCAAUACAUCAGUGAGCUUCUUGACUUCAUAGCGGACAUGCACACACUGACCAAACUGAAAAACCAUAUGAAAGCGUGUUGUCAGCCGCUGCACGAGGACACGUUUGGAGGAAACCUGAAAGUGGGCCUGGCACAGGUGGCUGCCAUGGAGAUCAGCAAAGGCAAUCACCGUGACAAUAAGGCAGUGAUCCGUUAUCUUCCCUGGCUCUACCAUCCCCCAUCCACCAUGCAGCAGGGACCUAAGGAGUUCAUCGAGUGUGUGUCCCACAUCCGCCAGCUGUCCUGGCUGCUCCUGGGCUCCCUGACCCACUAUGCCCUGUACCAGGGCUCCACCUCCUGUAUGCCCAUCCCCCUGGACGCUGGCUCACACAUCGCUGACCACCUCAUCAUCAUUCUCAUCGGCUUCCCUGAGCAAUCCAAGACGUCAGUGCUGCACAUGUGCUCCCUGUUCCAUGCCUUCAUGUUUGCCCAGCUGUGGACCAUCUACUGUGAGCAGGCGGCGGCCGCCUCGGCCCUGCAAAACCAGAACCAGACAGAGUUCUCUUCCAAUGCCAUACUGACGGGCCUGGAGUUCUGGAGCCGCGUCACACCCAGCAUCUUGCAGCUCAUGGCCCAUAACAAAGUGAUGGUGGAGAUGGUGUGUCUACAUGUCAUUAGCCUGAUGGAGGCUCUACAAGAAUGCAACUCCACUAUCUUCGUGAAGUUAAUACCUAUGUGGUUGCCCAUGAUUCAAUCCAACCUAAAGCAUCUGUCUGCAGGGCUCCAGCUGCGACUGCAGGCUAUCCAGAACAGGGUGAACCACCAGUGUCUGCAAGGCCAGGCAGCCGGGGCCCUGCCCUUUGCCCUGCGCAAGUGGCUGCAGUGCACCCAGUUCAAGAUGGCCCAGGUGGAGAUCCAGUCAUCAGAGGCAGCCUCACAGUUCUACCCUAUGUGACCUGCCCACCUCCCACGAGAUCCACCAAGACCCAGGCCACCUCAGGACCAGCGUGCAUCUGUUUAAUGCCUGCCUGCCUGACCAUUAACAUCAGGAAGUUGACUCCUGCAUAAAUUGAUUCUCACCGUCUUAAGACUCUGCUUCUGACGUUAUCCUCUUCAGCACCGUCUAAACUUUGAAUAUCUAUACUACUCUUUUGUGCAAUGAGAGUGAUAGGUGAGUACAGGUCGGGCAGGUGUGCAGAUGCAGGGGGAUAACAGUACAGUAAAUAACAGUUUAGGUGCCCAACAUGCUGUGUGCAGCAUCAGAGGUCAAACUAGAUGGAGAGAAUAUCUAGCAGCACUGCAGAUGACUGGAGUGGAUGGAUGGAGAAGGCUGUAUGCUGAAGCUCAGACUUGUUUACUUGGUGAUACUCAUGUUCUAUAUUGUUAUUUUCAGUUGCUUGGUUGCAAGCCUGACAAAAUAAUAAAAAUCAAGCCACAUGUUCUAAAUAUA